AUGCAGAACAACGUGACAGACUGUGAGGAGGGAGAAGGGGGACCCAACAGCCAGGGUGAUGGAAACCCCAAAGAGAGCAGCCCUUUCAUCAACAGCAGCGCAGCCACAGAUGUGGAAAAAACCCAGCAGUAUGAUGGCAAGAACAUGGCUCUGUUUGAGGAGGAGAUCGACACCAGUCCAAUGGUUUCCUCUUUGCUCAGCACUCUAGCCAACUACUCCAACCUCCCAACUGGAAGCAAAGAGCAUGAAGAAGCAGAAAACAAUGAGGAGGGGGCGCGUCCAUCUAAAAAGCCUGUCAAGGCACCUCAACUUGGCACGCUGAUGGGAGUGUACCUGCCAUGUAUCCAGAACAUAUUUGGGGUGAUCCUCUUUUUGCGGAUGACUUGGAUGGUCGGAAUUGGAGGCGUGUUUGGCUCUUUCAUAAUCGUCUUCAUGUGUUGCUCUACAACCAUGCUCACAGCCAUCUCCAUGAGUGCCAUUGCAACAAAUGGAGUCGUACCAGCUGGAGGCUCAUAUUACAUGAUUUCGCGGUCUCUUGGGCCUGAGUUCGGUGGGGCAGUUGGGAUUUGCUUCUACCUGGGCACCACAUUUGCUGGUGCUAUGUACAUUCUUGGCUGUAUUGAAAUUCUGCUGAUUUACAUCGUUCCUCAGGCAGCCAUCUUUAAGAUCGAAGGACUGGAAGGAGAAGAAGCAGAAUUGGCUUUGCUGAACAAUAUGAGGGUGUAUGGCACUAUUGUGUUGAGCUUCAUGGCGCUGGUGGUGUUUGUGGGGGUCAAAUAUGUUAAUAAACUGGCACUACUCUUCCUGGCCUGCGUCAUCCUCUCGAUUCUGGCUGUUUAUGCUGGAGUCAUCAAGACAGCCAUAGACGCCCCUGUCUUUCCUGUCUGCCUCUUGGGAAAUCGAACUGUUGUCUCUAAAGCAUAUGACAUCUGUGCAAAGGUUAUAGAAAUAGACAAUGAGACCAUCACCACCAAGCUGUGGAGGUCCUUCUGUGAUUCUGACUCGCUGAAUGCUACUUGUGAUGAUUACUUCAUCAACAACAACAUCACAGAGAUACAGGGCAUCCCAGGGGUCACUAGUGGUAUCUUAGCAGAGAAUCUGUUUGGAAACUAUCUUGAAAAGGGGGUGAUCCUGGAGAAGCGAGGGCUUGCAUCUAAAACAGAUCCUGAUAGUCCCACACUAAACAGUAAUCGUUACGUCCUGGCUGACAUUACAAGCUUCUUCACCCUGCUGGUGGGGAUUUACUUUCCAUCUGUAACAGGUAUUAUGGCUGGCUCCAACCGUUCUGGUGACCUGAAAGAUGCCCAGAAGUCAAUCCCGAUAGGCACAAUAGCAGCCAUCACCACCACAUCGAUUGUGUACAUGUCAUGUGUGGUGCUGUUUGGUGCUUGUAUAGAAGGAGUAGUACUUCGAGACAAGUUUGGUGAGGGGGUGAAUGGUAACUUGGUGAUUGGCACACUGGCAUGGCCGUCUCCAUGGGUCAUUGUGUUUGGUUCCUUCUUUUCCACUUGUGGAGCGGGACUUCAAAGCCUGACAGGAGCUCCACGUCUGCUUCAGGCCAUCUCAAGAGAUGGCAUCAUUCCCUUUCUUAGAGUUUUUGGACAUGGCAAAGCCAACGGGGAGCCCACUUGGGCGCUCUUACUCACGGCUGGCAUCUGUGAGAUUGGCAUCAUCAUCGCUUCCCUGGAUGCUGUCGCCCCCAUCCUCUCCAUGUUUUUCUUGAUGUGCUACAUGUUCGUCAAUCUUGCCUGUGCGCUACAGACACUCCUGAGAACCCCAAACUGGAGGCCACGAUUCAAGUUCUACCAUUGGGCUCUGUCCUUCCUGGGUAUGAGCCUGUGCUUGUCCCUGAUGUUCAUCUGCUCCUGGUAUUACGCCAUGGUCGCCAUGGGCAUUGCCACAUGCAUUUACAAAUAUAUCGAGUUCUGUGGGGCUGAGAAAGAGUGGGGUGAUGGGAUACGUGGCAUCUCGCUCAGUGCUGCCAGAUAUGCUCUGAUGAGGCUGGAGGAGGGACCACCGCAUACCAAGAACUGGAGACCUCAGAUGCUGGUUUUGGUGAGUGUGGAUGCUGAGCAGAAUGUGGAGCAACCCCGUCUGCUGUCUCUGACCAAUCAGCUGAAAGCAGGCAAAGGUUUAACCAUCGUUGGUACCUCUGUUCAAGGAACCUUCCUCGACAAUUAUAAUGAAGCCCAGAGGGCAGAUCAGUCAUUGCGGAAGUUGAUGGAGGCAGAGAAAGUUAAGGGUUUCUCUCAGGUGGUCAUCUCCUCCAAUCUUAGAGAUGGAACGUCCCACCUGGUCCAAGUUGGAGGACUGGGAGGUCUGAAGCAUAAUACCGUGAUGGUUAGCUGGCCCUUGAACUGGAAACAACCUGAGUUCUAUCAGCAAUUUAGGAAUUUUAUUGAGGUGGUUAGAGAGACAACAAUUGCGAGUUUGGCCCUUUUGGUUCCUAAAAAUAUCUCCAGUUACCCAUCCAAUGGAGAGCGCUUCACUGAAGGCCACAUAGAUGUGUGGUGGAUUGUCCAUGAUGGAGGCAUGCUGAUGCUUCUGCCAUUCCUGCUGCGCCAACAUAAGGUUUGGAGGAAGUGCAAGAUGCGCAUUUUCACUGUAGCACAAAUGGAUGACAACAGCAUUCAGAUGAAGAAAGACCUCAUCACCUUCCUCUAUCACCUGCGCAUCGAUGCGGCUGUGGAAGUGGUGGAGAUGCAUGAGGGCGACAUCUCGGCUUACACCUACGAGAAGACUCUGAUCAUGGAACAGCGAUCUCAGAUCCUUAAACAAAUGCAUCUGACCAAGAAUGAGAUGGAGAGAGAGAUCCAAAGUAUUACAGAUUCAUCUCGUGGUUCAAUCCGGCGUAAAACCCCCUCCACCUUGCAUCCCCAUCAUAGUGCAGAAGAGGGAGCCAGUGUUGCAGAAAAACCAGAGGAUGAGUCUGAGGCUGUCUCCAACCCAAAACAGGUACAGCUGAUUCAAAGUAAGGAUGCCACCACGCCCACAAGUCCCACAAGCCCCACAAGUCCCACGACACCCGCUGCCCCUCCUGCAGGAGCCGCAUCCAAGGGGAAGACACAAGCCGCCACGCCAGAGCCAAUCAAAGACCUCUUUAAUAUGAAGCCGGAAUGGGAACACUUAAACCAGGUUGAUGUGAGGCGCAUGCAUACAGCUAUGAGGUUGAAUGAGGUCAUCAUGAAGAAGUCCAAGGAGGCUAAACUUGUCCUGCUCAACAUGCCUGGACCACCGAAGAACCGAGUUGGUGAUGAAAACUACAUGGAGUUCCUUGAGGUGCUCACUGAAGGUCUCAAUCGGGUCCUCCUUGUGCGUGGUGGAGGACGUGAAGUCAUUACCAUCUACUCCUGAGGGGCUUUUGACAGCAUGUUUAACGCUGGCCUCCCUCCUCCUUUAUCAUUCCAGGAAACUCCAUCAGACUCUAUCUGCUGUAUCUGUAACCUUUAAACCUGAGAGUAGUAGAAACAAUUUUAAGUUGGUCCAAAAAAAAGUCUGUUGAAGGAAAAUGAAAGCUUGUGAGGAAAUCUUUUUUAUUUUAUUUAUUUUCUCUUUUUGUUCAAGAUUCUGCUUUCAAACAUUUCCUCCAGCGUUCCAAAGGAAUAUUCUUUUGGUCUAAUUUUUACUUAUUUUAUAUUAUUUGGUGUCAGUGUUGCGUAUUUAUUCCCCUUGUCAUUUUUGUCAAUCCUUUUUUUGUCUGUCAACAACACCAGUAAGUCCAGAACGCCCUGGAUUAAUAUAAUUCACUGUGUUAGAUAGAACCUUACUGUGUUCUUGUGUAUAUUCACACUCAGCAGGAAUACAACGGAUUUGUUGUAUUUCAGCAGCAGAAGUGACGGAGGGUCCCAUAUAGGGCCAGAAGGCCAGACUUUUCAUAGUAUAUUCUUUGUGUAGGCUAAACUGAUUUCACUUUUCGGUUCAACAGACAUCAGACACUGGUGUAUAUGUAAAGUAUAAUGCAUCACAGAUUAUACGAACAUUUAAACAUCAAAUUUGGCUCAGACAGGGAUUUUAAAUGAUGUGAUCUUCAAAUAUAUAUAUAAAUGUAUGUAUAUGUUUUAUUAUGAUUAGUGUAUGAAUACAAAUAGUUUUUUCAUCCUUUCCCUCAAUGUUUUGGUUUGAAGAUCGACAUCUCUCACUUAUUAACCAGAAUUAUGAUGAAAUAGCUUGUCCAAAGGUAACUCAUCUGCUGGUCUAAAGCUUACCAGCACACAGCUGCCUAUCUGAUGCUGACAUGAAGCUUAAAGAGGACAUAUUCAGUCUUUGGGAUGACACAUUGAUUUGAAUGUGAUAAUAAUAAAUAUUUAGCAUAUACAGAGUGUGUAAAAGUCAAUGAAUAUUGUUUUUUAUAUUUUGUGCAAUGCAUAAUCACAACUACCUAGGCAGACAGAAAUGAUGUUCCUGAUCGUUCAUUCACAUGCAUUGUCUAUUAUCAAAUAUCUGUGUAGGACAUAACAAUGUGAGGCGUUUCCAUUUUCAUUUUUCAAUUAAUGUAUCACUUAAAUUAUCUUAUGUAGAAAUAAUGCAACCAAAUGUUUUCAGAAAUUUGAUCAAUCUUCCACUUCAGCCUGAUGGACUUUUGAUUUGUUCACUGUAUGGAACCAUUUCAAUUCUGGGAUGUUUUUUGGUUUAAUCAUCUGUGUUUCUCCCUCAAUGUGUUUAUUAAUUUGAAAUCAGGGAACUGGCAAUUUCCAAACUUUUUUUCUUUGUUCUUUGGGAAAAGCUGUCAUCUUCUUUGAGAUGUUUUACAUAAAUGAUGUGACACUCUCUUGGCCCAUUAACAAAAGCAAAAGGAGCUCAAACUUUUGAA